CGAUGCCGCGUAUAGCCUAAAACAUCCAAGUAAACAAAUUGCAUAGCAACAGUAAGAUUUCUCUGUCGUAAAGCCCUCGGAAUUAGGAAAAAAUAGGAACACUAUUAAUUUUGUGUCUUGCACUUCGACCAUAAAGCAUGAUUCUCACAGAUGUACAAAAAACAGUAGAAGAACCUGCUGACAAAGUUCCCAAAAUCAAUCAACCAAAGAGGCACAAAGCAAAGAUUGCUGUAUGGGCGGACUUGUCAGUGGAUGCUGUUGACCGUCUCAAUGAAUCUCUCAAUGCUGAUCACAUCAAACAGGUCCUUGCUGACAUCUUCAUGCUGGACAACUACAAAGACAGUUUGAAAAUUGGGAUCAUCAUGGACUUGUACUACUACACCCUUCAGUACGCCAGGCAGCAAAGCUUCUCCCCUGAAAAAACGUCAGCCUUUUUUUCCAUCAUCAAAAAAGUUUUUGAAGUUUGCAUAGAGACUCCCUUCGGCAACCUUGACCACACUUUUGAAUACUUCAAAGAUCUCAUUCAUUGUCACUCUGUCAAUCGUCCACCCUACAGUAUUGAGCUGUUCACACCGGAUGAAGUGAGGAAAAUCACAGAGUACACCAUCAACACCUUCUUUCGGCACUUCAAAAUGUACAAGUAUGCAUUCACACCAAUGGUACGCCUGGAUCUUGCAAUCAGCUAUGUUGGAAUGCCCCCUUCACCUCCACCUUCAGAAGCAGAUGGACAAGACGCAGAAACGACGCCGGGAGGGGACGAGACUCCUCAGAAUGACGAUGCCAAGGAGGAGGAGAUUGAUGAAGAGAGACAGGCAGCGAGGGAAGAGCUGAAGAGCAUUGUGAAGAAUUUCCUGACCACAGAGUCCAAGAAGAUUGAGGGCAGCGUGGACCAGCAGGUCAAGACUGCCGUGGAAGCUCUCAACAACAAGAUAGACCAGAUCACAGACGCAGCUCCAAAAGCUGAGGGGAAGGGGAAGAAGAAGUAGUUUAUGAUAGUGAUAGAUGGAAAGGGGAUGAAGAAGUAGUUUAUGAUAGUGAUAGAUGGAAAGGGGAAGAAGAAGUAGUUUAUGAUAGUGAUAGAUGGAAAGGGGAUAAAGAAGUAGUUUAUGAUAGUGAUAGAUGGAAAGGGGAAGAAGAAGUAGUUUAUGAUGGAUAAAAGGGGGAAGAAGUAGUUUCUGACGGACAGAUGGGGAAAAGUAGUUUCUGAUGGACAGAUGGGGAAAAGUAGUUUCUGAUGGACAAAAAGGGAAGUAGUAAGUGAUGGUAAGAAAGGGGAAGUAGUUUAUGAUGGACAGAAAAGGGAAGAAACAGUUGUUUAUUAUGGACAGAAAGGAAAGGGAAAGAAAAAGUAGUUAAGACAGAAGGGAGAAAAAGGGGUUUCUCAUAGAAGAGGGAAGAAACAAUAAAUUAUUAAGUAUGUACAGAAGGGGGGGGGGGGGG